AUGGAUGGAAAGGAUGCAAUGUCGAAGGAAGUCGGAGCGCGCGGCGAGGUGAGGCCAGUCAGGCGCAAACGCUCGCGCAGCCGACACCACCACUCCUCGAAGAAGGGCCAAGGGCUCCCGGCGAUGUACUUCCACUUCUCCCUCUCCAUCACGCUUGCCGCCAUCGCCGUCGUAUGGUCCGUCACGCCCCUCUCGUGGGUCUACGUCCUCUGGACCGUCCUCACCUCGGCCAUUCCAGCUCUUCGCCCCGGUCGACCCGCGACAGUCGCCCCUUCGCCGCUCGUCUUCCGCAUCCUCCACUACAUUACUCUCACCUACUGCUCCGUCGAAUGCGCGUUCAGCAUCUGGUACAAAUGGAAGGCGUACCAAUGCCAGAAACUCCGCGAGGCGCCGACCUACUCCCGCAAAUACCUGCGUGGCGUCUUCCUCCGCGCUCUCGAGAACGGCAUCGACAUCGAGGAGGAGCUGGCGGAAGAGGCGGGCGAGGGCGCGAAAGGCGGCGACCUUGGCGAGCAGGAGUGGGCGGAGGAUCCGCGUGACGAGGAAGAGGCGACACGCGGGUCAGACGGCGAGCUCUCGUCGAAGAGGCCCGCAACCUCGACUCGACGUCGGGCGUCGCGCCAGUUUGGCGACGGGUCCAACACGCCCGACUUGCAGUCGAGGGAUGGCGGCGACUAUCUCUCUGCCCGUCCUGCUCCGUCCGACACUCGCUCGACUCGCUCAGCGAAUGUCAGCCAGUCGCUCAAUCUGGUCCAGAGUCGCGCAUCGCUCGACUCGCGCGACGAGGGUUACGGCGGCGACAUCUCGCGACUCUCGCUCCGCUCAACCGAAUCCUCCUCGAAGCGUCCGCACCCUCACUCCCGCUUCAUCCCUCACCUCUCGCCAUCCGACCCGCGCGCACACGACUUCCGCCACCUCCUCGUACACUGGUUUACCGGCCCUCGCGACUUGUCAUUUACCGACCUGAAGCGGGACGAUGUCGCACAGUGGCUCGCUUGGUCGUUGUAUGGCAAGCCACUGGAGGAAUUGGAGAAGCAGCGUGCGGAAUGGGACAAGGCGGGUAGGCCGGCGCUGUAUUGCGCUGAUGGUGUCACGCUCGACGACGACGCGGACUUGGAGGACGAAGAGGACGAGAAGGACGGCGAAGACGCGACUCGCCGACAACGCAGACGCGAGGAGGCACUCGAGGCGGACCCGCUCGGGCUUGUCAACUUCUGCGUCUCGCUCGUCGAGCUGCGGUCGGCGCACAAGUUCGCUCCCGGCAGCAACCCAGCUGUCAAGCCUAUGCGGCUCACCCUCGACCCUGUCCGCGUCACCUCGCGCCCAUUCCUCCUCUACCUCGUCGUGGCGGCGCUCCAGAACGCCGUCAUCGCGCACGCAAAGGCGAAGGGUUUCAAGGAGGCUCGGGACGACGAGACGAUCACGCGCGCUCUCGUCCGCGUCCCGCCUGGAUGGGCAGCGAGGGAGGACUUGCCCGAGGACGAGCGCCCUCUCGUCUUCAUCCACGGUCUCGGCAUGGGCCUCGCGCAGUACACAACUCUCGUCUCAGUGCUCGCCUCCUCCCGCGCUCUUCGACGCAGGCCCAUCAUGGUCCUGAUCCAGCCUGCGAUCAGUAUGAGCAUCUUCGAACGCGGAUACCUCAGCCCGCCCGACCAGCAGCGUUCGUCGAAGGGCAUCGAGCGCCUCAUGCGAAGGUUUGGGUUCGAUGAGCGGGCGGGCGGUGCAACCGUAUUUAGUCACUCAAAUGGAUCGAUCGUCCACGGGUGGCUUCUCAAGGACUGCCCGACUCUCGCGACCCGGAACUGCUUCGUGGACCCCGUCGCCUUCUCGCUCUGGGAGCCGUGGGUGUGCCGGCAUGCGCUCUACUCGCCGACGAAGCAGCCAAUGGAGUACCUGAUGCGCUACUUCGUCAUGCGCGAGCUCGGCGUCGCCAACCUUCUCUCCCGGCACUUCAACUGGACGUCGAACCUGCUCUUCCCCUCCGAAGUCCCCAACCUCUCCGACCCGCAGAAGACCGCCAUCUUCCUCGCCUCGGAGGACUCGAUCCUCGACGCUUCCCGCAUGCGCGCCUACCUGCGUCGACAAGGCCUCCGCGAAGUGUCGCCAUCGAAAAAGGUGGGCGAAGUACCUGGUGGAGGAGGACUCAAGGUGUUCCAGGGCUUCAAGCACGGCGAGUCGAUGAUCGGGAAGGGCGAGCCGUUCGCCGAGGUGCUCAGCUGGGUGACCUGGGAUGAGCGCAGCCCGUCGGCGUACGAGCGAGGUCCGGAGGCCUGGUCGUCGACCGACACGGCGGGGGACGCGAGCCCUUAG